AUGGAGAUCCACCCGAUAGUUAGCACGAUAUUUUACGUCUUGACAAUAACAACUUUCACACAUGGCGCGCAGAUUCCAUCCAUGAAGCGCUCAGCGACGAUACUCGCCAAGGAACCGACCAUACGGAUACAAUGCCAAACGGGCUCGAUGCUGAUCACGAUCAAGGAUGCACCGGCCAACCUGAACGGCCAGUUCAGCGGGAUGGUGUACCCGAAGGGGCUGGCGAAAAAUUCGACCUGCCUCACCGAGUACCACGAGCAGGAGGGUCCGCUCCGGUACAAGCUGCCACUGAAGAGCUGCAACACGAUGCCCGUCGAGACGGACGACGGCGGAAUCGAGUUCUUCAACACGAUUGUGCUGCAGCCGCAUCUCAAGCUGGUCACUGAUCUUGGGCGGGGCUAUCACGUACGCUGCCGGUACAAGAGCCGCGAGGCGGCCUUGAAGAACGUCCAUCGGAGCGACAGCAGGCCGCAGGCACUGACCAGCGCGGAAGGGGGUAGUGAUCGGCGCGAGCAUGGUCGCUCGAUGGAUGGCAAGGAUGCGGAGCUGGCAAAGGUUGGCGAUGAUGGCGAUAAGGACGUGCCGGCGAUGCCUGCCUGCCACAUGAAGAUCUUCACCGGCGAGAAGCUGGCGGAGAACGUCAAGAUUGGCGAUCCGCUGACCCUGGUCAUCAACAUCGACAAGCAGGACCAGUACGGGCUGCACGUGGCCGACUGCCUGGUGCGGGACGGACUCGGCUGGGGCGAGCAGAAGCUGAUCAACGACGAGGGUUGCCCGCUGGACAGUGAAAUCCUUGGUCCGUUCGAGUACACGGCUGACCGGAGCAAGGCCACCGUCACCUUCCCGGCGCACAAGUUCCCGUACACGUCCUCGGUGUACUACCAGUGCAACGUCAAACUGUGCGCUCUCGACAGUCCCGACUGUCAAAAGACGCCAAGCUGUUCGAGCAAAAACAGACGCACGAAACGACAAACGGAGGAAGAAGGACAGCCGGCCACGAUCGAGGUCUUCUCCGGGCUGCAUGUCAACGAGAACGCUGAGGUGAUCAGUGAUGAUGCCGAUUCGGUGUUCAAGGAGAAGACACCGGACGACGCCAUCUGCGUGUCCCAGCGUAGUUUCGCCGUUGCCAUAGCCAUCGCCGGCCUCUGCCUGAUGCUGGCCGUCGUCCUGGCGGUGAUGUGCAUCGUCGCCCGGCGCAGCACCAAAUCCGUGUCGAACUCGGGCAGCUCCAUCUACAGUGGUCCCUACACGAACACCGCUUUCUCGCACAGCAGCUAAUGCAUGGUAGAGCACGACGACAUCGAGGGAGGUUGAAUUGAACGAAACAAAACUGAACAAGAAACGAAAGGGUUAUCGACGCCGCUCCGACGCUGGAGUAUGCGCUCAUUCUGUGAUGCCUUUUUAUUUGAGUUGAAAAAAAAAAACAAAACACAUCAACACCGUUUUUACGAAACUACGACCACUACUGGCGAACGACAGCAGGAGCCUAACAGUUAAGAUUUUCCCGUCACACUUAGAAUUAAGGGCACGAAACUAGAAAAAGAGUAGAACCAACAGCAAAAGUGUUGCAGGUAGCGAUAGGAAAAUAUUAAACAAAUAGUUUAGAUAUUACCGAAGCAAUCUUCCCUUCGGCUCGGCUCUUUCCUCGCCAACAGAUUGCUUUGCUAAUAUCGCCAGAGGCUCACAACAAGCAGGCAGGCCCGGGUAGUCGCUCGGCUCGGCAUCACUGUUCCCUCUGGAAAGCAAAACUAAAUCCUCGUUUAACUAGCAUUUAGAGCGUCACUCGUACGCGAAAGUCUGUCUCAUUUGUUACUGUUUCGCACGAUCGAGCAGUCGAUCAACUCUGAUCACUACACACUCACUUUCCAACUCUAAGUCAGGUGGUGGGUACUUCCGAUAGUCUUUCGUUCUAAUUUCCUCAAUUUUUAAGUAAGAACACGUAAGUCACAAAUGAUGUGGAUACCCUUUUGCGAUACUAUUUGCGCUCUUCACUGCGCUUCCAGUUAGUCCUUAGAAAGUCAAUGUAGUGCGUGAGAUUGAGUUGCAAUAGUACAAGGGAGAACAUACAAUUGCAAUAUGAUUGAAUCAUUUCAAAAUCUCCCAGCCUUUCCUCAAACAAGUAUACCGAGCGUCAACUAGAAUUUUAGUUGAAUGUACUUCCCAACAAAACUAUCACCUUUGAGAUGCACUGUAAAAAGUAUCGCUAAUUUUAAUUCCUUUAUAUUUAUUUAAUCACCCUACACCCAUCCUGCUCCCAUUCCCGGAAAUAUUCCCUUGUAUUGCAGUUGUGUCGUAUUUUUAGAGUAUUUUGUGUUGGUUCGGAGGGCUGAGAAGAUAUGCUUUGGGCGCUAUAUAUUGAUGAACCGUACUAGCCAACGUCACGUUGUGAGUUAACAGAAUUUUACAAAUUGUUAAACGAUUUAGAUGAAGAACCGUAAAUCCGUCUCAGCAACAACCACUCACAACGAACAAAAGUUUGCCUGUACUGAACGAACUAGUAAGCACAUGGUUAGAAAGUAGAUUGACAAUAAAU